AAAUAUAUAAAUAAAUUAAAAUAAAACGCCGGGAAGAAAUCUAACCGCAGGCGAGGCGAUCCACCGCCAUUGCCAGCUCUCCGCAAGCUCGCAUCCACCUCUGGUUCUCAACGCCCGCUCUUCAAAUAUGUCCUCUCCACGUCUGGCUCUCCUUCGAGGCGCCGGACGGAUCGCCGCCCCCCUCCCAAAACGGGGACUCUCCCUUCCUCUCUCCCCAACUCCCCUCCUCCUCCUCCUCGUUUCCUCCGUCAAAAUCCAAUCUUUCAUCAAACUUCGCGCGCUUCGCCUUUCUUCACCGGACCUUUGCAUGCCCUGAAGCUCUCGCGUGCUCGAUGCGAAUCUGGAUGCUCGCUCUUGUCGGACGGCCGUCACCUGUUUGGUGAAAUGCCGGUUAGACGUUUGCUAUGAAAUUCGAGGCGGUCUGGGUGGUCUUCUGAAACAUGAGCUGCUUUCCUUGUUUCUCGUCUAAAAGGAGUGAAUCGAGGAAGGAACCGCCUCUGACAGAGAAUGCAGAACAGGAUGAGUUUGACAACACACAAAAGAACACCAACGUCCCAAUACAAAACUCCAAUGCCCCUGCCCAGACUGAUGUUGGCAAUGAAAGUAAUGGAGUGAAAACUUUCACAUUUCGCGAGCUAGCCACAGCUACCAAAAAUUUCCGACCUGAUUAUGUUCUAGGCGAAGGGGGUUUCGGUAGAGUCUACAAAGGUUCCUUAGAGAACUCUGGACAGACUGUGGCAAUUAAGCAACUAGACAAGAAUGGAUUAAACAAAGACUUCCUUACUGAAGUUAACAAGCUUUGUCUCCUCCAUCAUCAAAAUCUAGCCAACAUGAUUGGAUACUGCGCGGAUGGUGAUCAAAGACUUUUAGUAUAUGAGUUCAUCCCUUUGGGCUCACUAGAGAAACAUUUGCUAGACCUUCCAUCUAGCCAACAACCUCUCAGCUGGCUUGCUAGGAUAAAAAUAGCUUAUGGUGCCGCGCAGGGUCUAGAAUAUUUGCACGAGAAAGCAAAUCCGCCGGUUAUCUACCGCGAUCUCAAAUCGUCCAACAUUUUGCUCGACGAAGAUUUCACACCAAAGCUUUCUGAUUUUGGGCUAUCAAGAUUAGGACAGAUGGGUGAGUUGAUGGGUUCUUAUGGCUAUUCUGGACCUGAAUGUACAAGUUCAGGCCAAUUAUCAGUGAAGGCAGAUGUUUACGCCUUUGGGGUGCUUAUGCUGGAACUAAUAACUGGGAGAAGAGUCAUCGAUACCACCAAGCCAACACAUGAACAAAACCUAGUCUCUUGGGCAACGCCAAUGUUCAAAGAUCAAAAGCGAUACCCGGAGCUACUCGAUCCGCUUCUGGAUGGGGAGUUUAAUUUGAAAGAAUUGAAUCAACUUGUUGCGGUCGCAGCGAUGUGUCUCCAAGAGGAGUCUGCGGUUCGCCCCUUGAUGACCGAUGUGGUAAUGACACUGAGCUUUCUUACGACAGGGUCUGGUCCGACGGCCGACCACGGUAGCUCUGGGGAUUGAUGGCAUUCUACUGGAUUCAUAAUCUUUUACUCCUAUACGUUCUCUUCUAUGUUGCUAAAGAAUUGGCAGCUUAAUGAAUGAGAUAAGAUAAUGAGGUUGCAGGAAGAUGUUUGUUUUUGUUUGCUUGUAAAUUUACGGUACAUUUGUUGAAA